AUGCUUACACAGGGUUAUGUUAUCCUUGCCGAACUAAAUUUGCUUAGCCAUCGUCACCCAACUGGUGUUUACAUUCUUCCGGAUCCACAAAAUCCCUUGGAAUGGCAAGGCUUAAUAUCCGUGCGUAGUGGUUACUUCCACGGUGGUAUUUUUCCUUUCAAACUGCAUUUACCGCCAGACUUUCCUUGCAGAGUAGUCCCACGUAUAUUCCUUCCCAAAGGAUUCUACCAUCCUUAUGUGGAUCCGCGAUCGGGUGAAAUUUCCAUGAAACCUUCUUUCAUUCAGUGGAACGCUGAAAAACAUCAUUUGUGGCAUUUGUUGCACCACAUGCGUAAUUUAUUGACCAGUCCAACAAGCUGUAUUCUGGAGCACUCGGCCGAACAGCUUCAGUUCCUGUCUCGAUCCUCUAUCUACGAGGAUCAUUCAUCCGGUCACAGUGAUGUUAUAGCCGGGGGCUGUUCGAGCUAUCCAAACCCGGAAGCGGCCGAUCUGAUUGUGAACCACAAGGCGGAAUUCGAGAUUCGCGCGAGGCAUUGUGUGGAGAAUUUGUCUGUUUGGUGUGGAUCGCAGACUAUUCCAGCCGAUUGGACUGAUUUCUUUGUCGAGUAA